AGGGCAAACUAAUGGUACCACACCGGGAACAUCUCAAACCUCUGCGCCGGAGACAACAGCAACGGACAUGUUAACAACUGUUAACACAGCAACUACAAACUCUGAUCAACUAACCACAGAAAGCGUCACAGAAAUAGGUACCACAAACGUCCCUACUGUGACAUCAAGAGCUGUAACAAAUUUAACAACAGAGAAAAUAGCUACAGCAACCGAUGUAACGACCUUGACUGAAGUUGUUACCCAGGAAACAACGGCAAUGACUACAACAGUUGAUACACCAGCCGUAUCUACUGAGGCAUCCACAAUUAUAACCUCAGAAACUGAGGGAAUGGUUACAACAGCAUCUACAGCUGUAACCUCUGAAACGGAGGGAAUGGGUACAGCAGCAUCUACAGCUGUAACCUCAAAAACUGAGGGAAUGGGUACAACUGCAUCUACAGCUGUAACAUUAGUAACAGAAACUGAAGCAAUGGCCACAACAGCGUCUACAGAUGUAACGACUGAAACUGAGGGAAUGGCCACAACAGCAUCUACAGCUGUAACCACAGAAACUGAGGGAAUGGGUACAACAGCGUCUACAGAUGUAACCUCUGAAACAGAGAGAAUGGGUACAACAGCAUCUACAGCUGUAACCUCAGAAACGGAGGGAAUGGGUACAACAGCGUCUACAGAUGUAAUCACAGAAACGGAGGGAAUGACCACAACAGCGUCUACAGAUGUAACCACUGAAACUGAGGGAAAGGAUACAACAGCAUCAACAGCUGUAACCACAGAAACGGAGGGAAUGGGUACUACAGCAACUACAGCUUUAACAACAGAAACGGAGGGAAUGGGUACAACAGCAUUUACAACUGUAAUCUCAGAAACAGAAACUGAAGCUGUGACCACAACACCUUCUACAGCUGUAACCACAAAAACAGAGGGAAUGGGUACAACAACAUCUACAGAUGUAACCACAGAAACUGAGGGAAUGGGUACAACAGCAUUUACAGCUGUAACCUCAGAAACAGAAACUGAGGCAAUGACCACAACAGGGUCUACAGAUGUAACCACUGAAACAGAGGGAAUAGGUACAGCAGCAUCAACAGCUGUAACCACAGAAACGGAGGGAAUGGGUACAACAGCAUCUACAGAUGUAACCUCUGAAACGGAGGGAAUGGGUACAACAGCAUUUACAGAUGUAAUCACAAAAACGGAGGGAAUGACCACAACAGCGUCUACAGAUGUAACCACUGAAACAGAGAGAAUAGGUACAACAGCAACUACAGCUUUAACAACAGAAACAGAGGGAAUUGGUACAACAGUAUUUACAGCUGUAACCACGGAAACAGAAACUGAAGCAAUGACCACAACAGCGUCUACAGCUGUUACCACUGAAACGGAGGGAAUGGUUACAACAGCGUUUACAGAUGUAACCUCAGAAACAGAAACUGAAGCAAUGACCACAACAGGGUCUACAGCUGUUACCACUGAAACGGAGGGAAUGGGUACAACAGCGUCUACAGCUGUAACAUCAGAAACAGAAACUGAAGCAAUGACCACAACAGCGUCUACAGCUGUAGCCACUGAAACGGAGGGAAUGGGUACAACAGCAUCUACAGAUGUAACCACUGAAACGGAGGAAAUGGGUACAACAGCAACUACAGCUUUAAUAACAGAAACGGAGGGAAUGAGUACAACAGCAUUCACAGCUGUUACAGCGGAAACCACAGGACUAACAACAUCUGGCACAACUGCAGCAAGUACAGAAAUAGCAACAACUGGGACAACUGAGGCAAGUACAGCUCAAACUACAGAAACUACAAUAGAAACAACGAACUUUGCAACAACCGAGGUCCCUGAAACAACUAUUAUAGAAGAAACCACAGAAAUAACAACAUCUGAAACAACUGCAGCAAGUACAUCUCAAACUACAGAAAUAGCAACAUCUGGGACAACUGAGGGAAGUACAGCUCAAACGACAGAAAUUGCAAUAGAAACAACAACUAUUGCAACAACUGAGGCCCCCUGAGACAACAAUAGUAGAA